AUGCCUGUUUUUCGAAUUUGGAGUGCUGACCGCACCAUCAAGAAGUCAGUUGUGUGUAUUCCAGAAGUUGAAGCACUGAAGAAAAAAGCAACAGAAAAACUCUGUUCAGGAGUAAGGGAGACGACAGCCAACUUAGUGCUCGAGAAAUGUGGAACAGAGGUGGAUGAUGAUGAGGUGUUGGCAGAACUUAGUGGAGAAGUCUUCCUGCUGUUGGUCGAUGGGGAAAUUUACACUCCUCAGCAAAUCCCUGAUACUCCAGAUGUGAUGGGCGCAUCUACUGCAGGGGAAAUAGUUCAACCCAACUGCAGUCAUGGUGGCACAGAGACAGCAAGCAGCAGUGCAAGUGAUCCACAGGCAUCAUCUAGAUCACUAUGUACAGACCAUCACCCACAACUGUCAAGGGCAACCAGGGAUGGCUUGCUACAAGGAGAUAAAUCAAGGCAGCUCUGGUUGCAGCUGAUUGAAGAGUGCAAGAACUACUACAUGAAAUAUUGCACCCUAAUUGAUGAAAACCCUUAUGGGGCAUACAAGAUAAUUGGGCAGAAGAUAAACAUAGUCACAGACAUCACCACUGCCCUUCCAGAAGAAGAGUUUAAUAAACAUGUUCAGGAACUCCAGCAGGAAUGGGGAUCUCAGAGGUGUAAUACUUCACACAUUGACAUGCUUUUCAAGGAAACUUACUGCAAUAGGAGGCAGUGGUUGCCACAGCUACCUACUGGGAGGCUGGCACCAAUACUGGAGAAAUUCCCAUGUUUUGAAGAGGGAAGCUAUGUCCUACAAGAGGUGGAGCGCAUGAUGCUGACAAAAAGUACAGCAUGGAUUGACAGACUUUCAAAAAUCAUAGAGGUCUUGCGUGACAGAUUACCAUCUCCUAACACAUGUAACAACAUUAGUGAUGAGCAUGUCGUGGAAGUCAUGAAGUUUAUUGAAAAAUCUGUUGCUUUUAAGAAGGGCAAAGGUGUAAAAUCAAAAUCUUGCAUUACAAUUGCAGAUUUUGAUAUAUCGGACGCAGACAAAAGUCACCUGUGCUCUUCGUCAGAUCUAUCCCCUCCUCGCAUUGUGGUGUUUAUGGAUGGUAACAAAUGUGUUGAUGGGUAUAUUGUAGGAGAUAAUUGUAAGAUUAGGUGCAGGAAUAUGAACAAUGUUGGAGUAAUUUUCAUCACAUUCCUGGCUUGUUACUAUUGCUUUGAUUUCUCAUAUCCCCGGAUUUACUCACAGUUCUUGGGCUUCCUGCAACAAUAUGUUAUGCAUGACCCAUAUUGUCAUGAGAAGUCAUCUGACCACAAGCACUUCAUUGCACAAUAUCAGAGUCUCUUUGAAAAGUGAAUCUGAAGUUCGUAUUCAUAGACGUUCAGCUCCCUCACUACAGCUGCUUGCAAAGGUCUACAUAAUAAGUUUUGGAGAUUGCUUGGGUGUCUCACUAAAGCCCUUAUGCUUACAUGUUCAAAUACCUCACUACACCUUUUCAAUACACCAAAAUUAAAUCCAAAUCUUUUUCUCUAGCCAUUCGGAAAUAGCUGUAGUGAGGGACCUGAGCGUCUCAGGAUACGUGCCUAAGUGAUAUAUGUUCAUAUAUUUUAGGGGCACCAGACACUACUAAACCCAUCAAUUAUUUGAAUCCAAUUUUGAUUUGGUAAUAGUGUAUGUGGUAAGAUGAGGCAGGAAAAUGUCACAAAAAGAAUAAUUAGUUAGUAUUCACUUAUAGGCAAUUUUAAAUGUUUUGGUAACAAAAUAUAACUGGUGAAUUCAAUAUUUUUCCUUGUAGAACUGUAAGUUUGUCACUGAAAUGCUUUCAAAUUUUGUUAACAGAUUGGUGGCUAAACAUUUAUUUAUUUAUAUGGUGUUUUGUUAAGUAGUAUUAAGCAGUCACAUGUAACUAACCUUAAUCUUUUCACAUUGCAUGUAAUCAAAAUUUAUUUUCAUUAAAUACAACUACUCAUAAAACAUCUUAGAAAUGUGUAAAUAGACCUCAAAAUGUGUUUACAAAAUGUCAGUUCCUUAAAGGUUUCUAUGAGAAGCUAAAGUUCUCCAGCUGUAUCAAUUAAAUAUUAUAUCGGUAUUUACUCACGAACUCAUGCGUAUGCAGUGAAGUGCUCUUUCUUUCUUAUGUUGGUUUGAUAUCAGUUAUGUUCUUCAAACACUUGCACAACACCACACACUGAUUUUCUGAGGCCAUGAUAUUGAGAAUCAUUAUAUUGAUUCAUUAAAAAGGAUUCGUAGUUGGACUCUUCAACCUGAAUUUUUGUAGUUUUCCAAACUGCAUUUUUUUUUUAUUAUUACACAAUGAGCUUGCUAUUUGAUGUAGUUUUCAUGCAGCUUAAAUGCAAGAUUAUGAUUCUUUACUAUAAUUCAUUUUUACAAAUUGUUAAAUUUAAGGACAAAUUUAUGGUUUUCUAAUUAGUCUCCUGUAUAAUAUGUAUAUUUAUAAAUGGUAUAUUUAAAAAAAACCUUAGCUUCAAAGAAGUUUUGGACCAGUUUUCCUCUAUCACUUUAUACAUUUAUUUGUACAGAUAUGUCAAUAGAUAAUAUUUGAAUGUACUUACUCUUUUAAAGGAAUUUUCAAAUUUAUACAUACAUGCACAUAUAUCACCUAGAAUUAAGUAUCGGAUCUGUUUCCAUUGCCAUAUGCAUGCUGCAUGUGAUGUUGCUAUCCCAUGUCUUCUAUUUUAGAUACAUAAGGCAUUAUAAGUUUGAAUUUAUUUUGUCAAGAUUUGCUAUGCAUAGGAAUUAAGAUUUUAUUCUGCAUGAGG